UGUAGUAUUCUAUAUUGCCUUGUCACCGUCUUUUCUUCACUUUAUUUUUCCUUUCUCUGUCGUUUUCUCUAGCUCCGCUCAUGUAAUUUGUUACUAUUCGCGUUGGUCUGACGUUGUACCCAAGAUGAAAAGAUAUGCUCAAUUGAUUUUGUUAGCUUCUCCUGCUCAUCAACAGAUACAUAAUUGUCCCAAUUCAGUUGCAUCUAUGCAUUUCCAAGGCGUCUACAACUCCUUUCCUCUUCUCUGUUCCUGGAUUUUGGACUAGCUUCAAGAUGGAGGGAAAAGCAAGUAAGGAACGCAAGUCCUAUAGGAGUGUUCUAUCAAACUACAGGCUGGGCAAGACAUUGGGUGUCGGAUGCUUUGCUAAAGUCAAACUAGCUGUUCAUAAUUUGACAGGGAUUAAAGUUGCCAUAAAGAUCCUUGAUCGUCAAACGCUUGAUGAGUUUGAAACUAUGAAAGUUAGAAGAGAAGUUAAUAUAAUGAGGCAGCUUUCACAUCCUCAUAUUGUUCGGCUCUUUGAAGUUAUAGAAACAACUUCCCACAUAUAUGUGGUUAUGGAGUAUAUGAAUUCUGGUGAACUAUUUUACUACAUCACAGAGAAAGGUAGAUUGAAUGAGGAUGAAGCCCGCCACUUCUUUCAACAGAUAAUCUCAGGUAUUGAGUAUUGCCACCAUCACAUGGUGGUUCAUCGGGACCUCAAGCCAGAAAACCUACUGUUGGAUUCUAAACGCAAUGUCAAAAUUGCUGACUUUGGACUUGGGAAUAUAAUGCGUGAUGGCCAUUUCCUCAAAACAAGCUGUGGGAGCCCAAAUUAUGCUGCUCCAGAGGUUGUGGGUAAUCGACUUUAUGCUGGUCCUGAAGCUGAUGUAUGGAGUUGUGGAGUUAUCUUAUAUGCUCUAAUCUGCGGAAGGCUUCCUUUUGAUGAUGAUAACCUUCCUGGAUUAUAUGCAAAAAUAAGGAAUGGUAGUUACACAGUCUCAAAUCACAUGUCAAGGGGUGCAAAUGACUUGAUUGCAAGGAUUUUUGAGGUCAACCCUGUGGACCGCAUAUCCAUUCCUGAAAUACGCCAGCAUCCAUGGUUUCAGCAACACAUCCCGCGGUAUAUAUCAAAUGCAACAAUUGAGUCAUUAUAUGAUACAACAAAGGUAGAUGAGGAAGUUGUUAGAGAAAUGGUUAACAUGGGCUUUGAUAUUUGUGAAGUGAUUGGGUCUGUUCUCAAUCAUCUGCAAAAUGAGAUCACAGUCACAUAUUAUCUGCUGUUGCAUCGUCAGUUUCAAGGUCGCUUUAGUUAUGGUAGAAGCGAGCUUCGGGAAUCUUCCUCGCAGGAGUUGUUCGACCACACUCGAAUUUUCUUGAGGUCUGUUUCUGCUCUUGAACAGAAGUGGACACUUGGGUUUAAGUCUCAGGCAUCUCCGCAUCAAACUAUGAUGGAUGUUUUAAAAGUUUUUCAUAGCAUAAAUGUGCAGUGGAAGCGAAUAGGACCUUAUAACAUGAAAUGUCUAUGGAACCCUCCAUCUUCCAAAGCUUUAAAUGGAAAAUUUGUUGAUCAGUUCCCCCAAAUACCUCAAACAAAGCCUGUCGAUGGCAAAACAGAGCCAAGUACAGCUGCUAAUGGGAUGGGCAUUAGAAAGCAUGAUGUUGUUAAGUUUGAAUUGCAGCUUUACCGAGGUAGCACAGAGUUGUACGUUGUGGAUUUGCAAUGGUUGAACGGGCCACCAUUUCUCUUCCUUGAAAUCUGUGCAUCGUUUCUUUUUGCUGUUGGAGUAAUGUAGCCUGCUGGAUGCAGAGUGCAGAAUGAUUUACAGCUCCCUGAGAAGCUUUUGGCAGUCUGCUGUCUUCUUUGCUGAAGAAUUUAACCUAUACAGGUGGACUGAUAGGUUAAUUCAUAACCUCUUGCUGUUUCAUGAGGGUACAUCUUAUAUUGGUGCUACCUUUGGAUGUUUUAGCAUGAUGAUUAUACAAUAACUAGUGACUUCUACAGAUGAGAAAUCUUAACGUGUAUUUGACGAGUGCUAUGGUCAUUGCUCAACAUUUCACGUAUACAGAAAUUUGUCUUUGAUUUAUUCGAAA